AAGUUUAUAACUGGUUCAAUACGUCAACAAACAACAUUCCAUAAAUAAUUUAUUUAUUUAUCAAAAAAAAAAACUAAAUUUUCCAAUAAAUUCCAUUAAUAAUUCGACCAGGAAAAUGUUACGUGACCACUCCUCACACAUAUUGAAUUCAUGAAAAUUCACUGAAAGAGGGAAAACACCGUUUUCUAUAUGGGGCCCCCACAGCCCCAAUCCUGAGCAAUGGAACUGAAAGUUUGGGUGGAGGGUAUCCAGAGGAUCGUUUGCGGGGUCACUGAGAAUACGACUUGUCAGGAUGUAGUCUUUGCCUUAGCGCAUGCAACAGGCAAAUCGGGCAGGUUCACACUAAUCGAACGUUGGCGCAACAACGAGCGCCAGCUGGCACCCCACGAGAACCCCAUGAAAAUCCAACUGAAAUGGGGCGAGUAUUCCAACGACGUCCAGUUCAUACUUCAGCGCAAUACGAUUUCCAAAAAGCAGCCUGAAGUCAACAGGCCCACUUUACUACCACCAGACAAUGUGGGUGUCGUCAAAGGUGUACAGCAACCAAUCAAAACUGUACAUUUAGAGGUCAGAGAACAAUUUGCUGGCUCACCUCAAAGCUCGCCUAAGAAAGUGGCGCCUCCUCCUGCUCCACCUCCGUACAGAGACCCACCGCCACCGAUUAGUUCCAAAAAACAACAAAUUUUUCAGGAUGUUACUAAAAUUCGACUAACAGAGAAUGGACUUUAUAAUGCUCAAUACAGAGAGUUGAUUGCUUUGAUCAAUUAUCAAAGGGAAAAGUUAAAUAGUCAGUUUGCUGAUAUUACUAAGUUUGAUGCUGAAAUAGUAUUCUGGGAAGGCAAAGAAAAAGAAAAACAACUACAACUAGACUACCUCGCACAGGAAAUGUUAAAAAUCACAAACCAUACCAAAACUCAAAAAGACCAAAUCCAAGCUUUGGCUUAUGUGGAAGAAGAAACCGAACUCGUCAAGCAACAAGAGAAAACCCUAAAAUCCGAAAUCACUUUGCUACGUUCAAAAUUGGCCAAUUGCGAGACUGAAUUGUUGCAGUGCAAAAAUAAAAUGCGCCUGUUGGCUGACGAGUUGCAGUCAGAACAACGAAUGACCACAAAGAAAACAGAAUCAAGAAUACAAAUGGAGCGUGGCAUUCUUAUUGAAUUGGAGCGUAUUCAAAAAGACAUAGAAUUGGCCAAACAAAGCUCAGAGUUGCAUCAUUUGACUGUUGAAACUUUAAAAAAAGAAGUUGCUCAACUGGAGACAUCUAUUAUUGAGAAAAAGAAGCAAGUUGAACAGUUGGUUAAUGAAAUGAAAGAAGCUAAUCUUCAUAGUCUUACCAUUGCCCCACCUCCAGAGGAUUUGAGGCUUAUUAUGGAAGGCCCACCACGAUCUUCUACCAGAAAAAUGAUUGGGUCACCUAGGCAACUUGAAAAUGCUGUGCCCACAAGUAAGAAUCCUCAUGGGGUUUGGGUUUAGUAAUAAUAGUUAACACGUGUGGUAUAGAAAUAGUACCCCUUCUAUAGAUUUAUAGCACCACAUAUUAGGUACAUCAUAAUAAUUAUUAAUAGUGAGAUUUUUCGCUUAUAGAAUGGCGUUGUUAGAGAACAAUUUUUGUAAAUAAAAUAUUGAUCUCAGUAGAUCACACAUGCUCUCUGUAUCAAAAAAAAAACUAAAUGGUAAAAUCUUGUCUACUUUAAUUUAAAUCUUGACUGAUCGUUUAUUUAUGCCAUAAUUCUUAUUUAUUAUUAAGGAGAUGGAUUUAUAUAUAUAUAUUUUUUUUCUUUAUUUAUGCACCCCCACUUUUUUUUAUACUGCCAUAAUAUGGAAUUUUAUGUUAUUUAUGUAUUUGAUUCAAAAAUAAAUGUCUAUAAAUUAUA